AUGUCUGUCAGUAGGAGUCCUAGGCCUCCCUUAACGAGCAGCCCAUCAGGAUCAGCACAAUAUGAAGUCAACACCCUUGAUACCGUCAUUCACCAGGAGGGACAGACGCGAAGGACCUACCAGUACCCAUCGGACCCACGAGCAGUCGUGAUCAACCCUCGCGCAGAACGCACAUCAGCUCCAUCUAGUCGGCAUGGUUGGAGCAGCAGCAGGAGCGCCAGCCGCAAAGGCUCUGCUCACUCUGAUGGCACGAUCAUCAUCGACCACAACCGGAAGCAUGAUCCGCGAGUGGUAGAGAUGCACCAACACACUCGGAGCCUGGAAGAGGAGAACCUGAAGCUUAGAGAACACGUUUUCGAGCUAAGCGCCAAGAACGACCAGCUCGAACAAGAACUGCAGUACCUGCAGGAAAGUCGCUUUCAAAGGAUGCCUGACGCACGUUAUACACCGAUCGAGGACUCCAAGAUCCAGCAUGAACUCGAGACCUUGCGCGCUUCUGUGACCAGGACUGGCAAACGCUACGGGCUCACAAAGGUCGAUCGGUCCAGCUUCAAGUCCAGAAAUGACUUACAAGAUCUCUUCGAGGCUGUCACGGACGUAGCCUCGACAGCAGGAGGAUUGUCUGAUAGCGUGGCGUUACUAGAGGUUAUGGAGCAGGAUGCAGCCCUUCCGAGGCUGCUGUUCACAGCUAUGCUCUCGUGGUUUGUACAUCACGAUUUCAUCCAGGAUCCAUUCUUUUUCGCCAGCGAGGACAAUGAAGACGAUAGCACAGACUGGGCCGACUUCUUGUCCGAUGCGUUGAUGAACGGAUGUAAAACAAACCUCUUGCAGGCGAAUGUCUGGCGAUCAGACACAUUACGUCACUUAUUUCCAAGUAACGACACCGACAGAGGCUCGCAGCGCCUCCACGAACAAGGCGACGCUCUCCUAAGACAAGCAGCUCGAUCAGCUGCGGUCACAUUCGCGCAAGGUCCUGCCAGACUUCUUCUGCAUGAGAUGAGCGAUGCCGCAGCCAAAAGCUAUCAAGAUGAACUGGUGUGCCUUUUCGACAAGGCCGCCAGAUUAUCAGUGAUGCUCUGGCGCGAGCGGCUCGCCUUUGAAUGUCACUACCUUCACGACCUCGCGACGCAGCGCUUCAGCAUCGAUGGCAGGGAGAUGCAAGCCCAUCCCAGGCACCUCCUCGACGAUCCGACUGAUCAUAGACUUGAUGGAAGGCGUGUUCAGAUCGUGGUACACCCUUCCGUGGUGGGCCUAGGUACUCAUGAUGGUGAUCGAUAUCAGACGACGUCGAAGGUACUUGUCAAGGCCGUUGUCUGCCUCGACGAAGCAAGUGGCGACGACGAGCAAGGGGCCAACAGCACCCGAGCUGAGGGAAUUCCCGCAAUGCCUGUGCCAACGAUUGAUCGAGCGUCAUUUGUGAGGUCUCCUCCGCCACUGCCGAUGUACGAGUUAGAUACGGCCCAGGAUGAGUCAGAUCGUUGGUGGUCACUGAGCAGCAGGAAGGAGAAGAAGAAGAAGAAGCGACCUACGUAG